AUGUACCCGGACGAGGAACACAAACCCAAGGCUAUCCUCCCACCAGAAGUUGUUCUCGCUCGUGCCACCACUACUCGAAAGGGUGGCCAGCCAACUGAUAAAGCUGGCAACGUCCCGGACAGAUAUGAGUCCUUCGUUCUUGCGAGUGGUGAAAGCAAGGUUGAGAUGGAGAUUGACACACGAAUCCCAUCAUCAGCUAUCUUCACCUUCAACAAAGAAGACCAUACGCUUGGAAAUCUGAUCCGUUCUCGUCUUCUGCAGAGCUCUCAUGUUCUUUUUGCUGCAUACAGGGUUCCUCAUCCCCUUGUUCCCAAGUUUGUCCUUCGUGUACAAACAGAUGGCGACAUCACCCCUAAGCAAGCUGUCAUUGCCGCAUGCAAUGAGCUACCUUACAUACAGCAGCAAUCCCCAUUCUCGCAAUUCGGCCAGCAGCAGGCACAACCUCAACAGACCGGUCUUGCCUCCCAGCCUACAGGCUAUGGUCCUCAGUUAUCUGCCUCUGGUGCACCCCAUUUGCAACCGCAAGCAACUGGAUUUUCACCCGGACAGCUUCAGGCUCAGUAUACUGGUUUCCCGGGCGCACCAGCACGACAGGCGCCGCAGCCCCAACAACCCCAGCCUACAGGUUACCCCUCCACACUGCAGCAAUCUCAACAUGGUGGAUUCCAGCCUCAGGGCCAGGGCCCGCAGAUACAGGUUACGUCGAGCACGAACCUUCCGCUUCGAACCGGAUUGCAGACUUCCUCCGAGAUAGCGAACUCGUUCCAGGAUGUCUCAGGAGUUGCGCCUACUCCGCCGCCCAAGGCUUCCGGUGGCCGAAUCCCAAACAUUCGACUGUCAUUCAUCACGGCGCAAGAUCAGGCGAAGUUUGAGCAGCUCUUCAAAUCCGCUGUCGGAGAAAGCCAGGCAAUGACUGGUGACAAAGCGAAGGAACUACUCCUUCGCUCGAAGCUCUCCGGGAGUGACUUGUCGAAGAUUUGGGUUUUAUCCGACACCACUAAAUCCGGCCAGUUACUCUUUCCUGAAUUCGCUUUGGCCAUGUACCUGUGCAACCUGAGAAUCACGGGAAGGGAUAUACCAGGCUCACUUCCGGAAACGAUAAAGAAUGAGGUCUCGAGCAUGGUAGACAUCAUCUCCUUUCAGGUCCCAGACACGCAGCCAGAACCUGUUGUCAGAACAAAUGUUCCUAGUUUUGAUGCGCCGUUGCUCGAGAAUCAAUCAGCGCCGCCCGCGCCGCAGCAGCCCCGACCACAACAGCCUAACAACUCGCAACUUUUGUCACAGCUUACCGCGCAGCCAACCGGAUUCCCACAGUCUUCCGGGUACCAACCCAAUGUUGCUUUCCCAGGUCAACCUCAGGGCCUUGUCCCACAGGCGACAGGAUUCCCCGGGCAGGCUCCGGGACAAGGUCUUCAGCCUCCCCAAAUGGGUCUCUUGAAUAACCCGCAGGCAACAGGCUAUACUGGUCCUCGUCCACCAAUGCCUCCCAUGCCGACGGGUUACGGCUCGAAUCUCAGUCCUUCACAAACUGGUGGACUAGUAGCACAGCCCACUGGAAUUCCUGGUCAAUGGGGCUUUGUCAAUGCGCCUGCCUCGGGAUUGCCUAAUAUCGACGCAUUGAAACAGCAGCUGAUGCCUCAGCCAGGUCGCGAGGGUGGGUUCUCUGCUGCUGGGCUCUCCGGAAAUGCGAAUAUCCCUUGGGCUAUCACGAAAGAAGAAAAGAGGAUCUAUGACGACCUUUUUCGGGCAUGGGAUGGCCUUCACAAGGGAUUCAUUGGUGGUGACACUGCAAUUGAGAUUAUGGGUCAGAGUGGUCUGGCUAGGAAUGAUUUGGAGGCUCUUUGGACAUUGGCGGACCCUCAUAACCGUGGCCGACUCAACAUGGACGAGUUUGCUGUCGCGAUGCACCUGAUUUAUAGAAAGCUCAAUGGCUAUCCCAUUCCAAGCCGUCUGCCCCCGGAACUUAUCCCUCCAUCCACAAGGAAUCUGAACGACUCAAUUGGAACCAUCAAGUCCAUGCUUUCUCAAGAUGCAGAGCAUCGAAAAGCUACUGGUGCAUUCCUGCAGCCCCAGAAGACCGGUGUCAGCUAUCUGAAGGAACAUUCUUUCCGCGGUGGGGCAGUGUCGCCCGGUGCAGGUGCAGGCCGCAAGGAUGCUACGCUGUUCAAGAACAACGACGAUGCGGCUGCUGGUUACCGCUCAAGUGCUCGUCGCCGUGUUGGAAACAGCGGUCGCACUCCUUCACCUGCGGCUUCGCAAGCCUCAGAGGAUGAACUGUCGGUCGAGCAGCUGAAGAAGAAGAUCCGCGAAACUCAGAUCAUGUUGGAAGCGGUAGAUUUUGAGGAUGAAAACCGUGCGGAGGAAGAGGAUGCGCUUGAUCGGCGGGACCGCCGGGAGGCGGAGAGUCUGAUGGAUAGGAUCCGACGCGUCCAGGACGAUAUCGAUACUCACCCCCAUGCCUCUCUUCGCAACCUCGAUACUGGUGCUGAGCGAAGGACACUGCGUCGCCAAUUGCAGGCAUAUGAAGACCAGGUACCGCAGAUUGCUUCGGACGUUAGGCGUGUGGAGCGUCAGAUUGCAGAGGCUAGGCUUGAGAUAUUCCGUCUCAAGGAUGCCAAGGCACACCCUAAUAGCGCAUUCAAUAUUGUCGGCACUGGGCCUGGCGGCGCAGUCACGGAAGCUGACCACAUCAAGGCUCGUGCGCGUGCUAGGAUGCAAGCUCGCGCCGCCGAACUCGCUGGAAGACCGGCUCCUACGUCACAGGAUGACGAGGGCGCUGCAACCCGUCGCCUAGAAUCAGAGAGUGCUAGGGUCAAGGCGGAGAGAGAGAAGAAUGAUUCCAUGACUCGCGAUGUGGAAGAAAGCGUUAAGGACUUCGCCAGCAGCUUGGAGGACAGCCUCAAGGAAGGGGGCGAUAGCUCUACCCGCGAACAUGAAAGGCGUCGGUGGGAAGAUGCUCUAGGUGUUGAGGACGUUAUUCGUGAUUUCAUCUACGACCUCAACCGCGGUAGCCGUACUGCGCAUAUUCGAAAAGAAGAGGAUUCGAGAAAAUCAUCUCCUCUGGAAUCGCGGGCUCGCCAUUCUCCGGCACAUGCCUCGACAGCUGCACGACCGUCCCCGCCACCGUCUGUUGGAUCAGCAGGCUCUGCACCAAUCACCCAUGAGGACCGUGUUGCUGCUGCGAGGGAACGCGCCCAAAGACGAAUUGCCGAACGCAUGGCGGCUGCCGGUCUUAAGCCUCAAAGUGAUGCUAUCGAAACUUUGACUCAGCGUCAAGAACGUGAGAGGAGGGAAAGGGAAGAGCGGGUGAGACGGGCGGAAGAGGAAGAUGCUAAGCGAGAGCAGGAGAGGCAACGCCGUAUUGCUGAUGAGCAGCGUCCUCCUUCCAGUCAAGCAGCGAAAACUGUUGGAAAAAAGCCUCCACCAGCACCACCGUCGCGCAGUCGUCGAACUGAUAGCACUGGUCAGGCUGAUGCUAAAAAAGCGCCUGAAGAUGCAGCUAAGGCUGAGCAGCUGGUGCGCGAACAAGCUUUGAAGGAGGAACAACAAGCACAGGAGGAGAAGACUAAGCGCCUCGAGAUGGAGGCCAAGAAACAUGAAGACGAGUUCGAGAAAGAGCAGCAGGCUCAGGAGGCCCGUCUUCGCGCUCUUGAGGAGCAGGUCAGGCAAGGAAAGAUUAAGAAGCAGGAGGAGAAACGCCGAAGAGAAGAAGCUAAGAAGGCCGCACAAGAACAAGAAGCCAGACUCGCACGUCAGCGGGCGGAACUAGACGCCGCCAAGGAGCGGGAGCGACAGCUACAGUUGGAACUUGAAGGCCUAGACGAGAGCUCUUCGGACGAGGAAGGUCCAGUGGAUAUCACAACACCCCAGGACAGUACGCCAACUCAGAGCCAGGUUCUACCUCCGACAUCUACCCCGGUUCCCCCAGCGCCUCCCGCUCCAGUUUCUGAACCGCCGGCCGCUCCUGAACCUGAGACAACCACUGCCUCCAGUUCUCCCGAAAGCACUCGAGCAGUGCCAGCUAACCUAAGCCCCGAAACUGAGUCUAAGAAUCCUUAUUUCAGGAGGAACAUUUCUCAGCCUACGGACUAUCCUCCCCCAACAUCACCUGAAGCCUCUCAAGCCAGCGCUCCUCAGAAAGCUGAUACCCAGUCCACCAACCCAUUCCAUCGGCUUGCUCAGCAGCAGCAGCAGCAUACAACACAACCGAAGUUUACAGGUUCUGGGCCACUUGAACGAAAAACUCGCGCUCGCCCAGAGGCGGACGAUGACUGGUCGGCGGCCGGAUCUGAUCUCGAGUCGUCUGAUGAUGAAGACGAUGACCGCGCAGGUGGUGGAAGCGCCAAACAACUCGCAAGUAUUCUCUUCGGUACUAUGGCACCUCCUCGGCCUCUGAGCGCUAUGGACAAUCAGUCCCCUUCGCCCAAGUCCGCGACACCGGUACAAGACUUUUCUAUCCCACCGGUUCCGCCAAUCCCAGCUGAAGCAGACAUAUCCCCCAAUGCUGGUGGUGCACAGCUUCCCCCGCCACCACCACCUCCUCCGCCUGGAGCCGCGCCCUUGGUGCCCAGCAUUGAAACACCGGCUGGUGCUCCACCACCUCCACCUCCUCCUAUGGCGCCUCCCGCUCCACCCCCACCCCCUGGACCUCCUCCACCUCCCGGUCCUGCCACGGCAGCCCCCGCUGGCGCCCCUGAUAGAGGCGCUCUGUUGGCCUCAAUCCAGGCAGGCAAGGGACUCAGGAAAGUCCAGACCAACGAUCGAAGCUCCAGCACCUCGGCAGGGCGUGUGAUAUGA